AUGAGCGCAGUUGAAGAACGAGUGGCCGAGAAGAGGCAUUUGGAUGAGGAGUCUGAAAAUACCGAAAAUGGUGUCGUUCCGAACAAAGAAGCGAAAUUGGAAAACGGAAAAGAAGCGGUAGUCGAAGAUAAGAAGAAAGUGACAGCGACUUUAUUGAAAGAGAAGAAAGUGAUCGAAGAGACCAAGAACGGUGAUGAGGGAGAGGACGACGAGGGUGAGGCAGAGAAAGAAGAUGGAAAUGUAGAGUCGAGUGGAGAUGAAGACGCCGACGCAGAUGCAGAUAGUGUGGGAGAGGAUGAGGACGACAUCGGUAGCGAGGAAGACGAACAGAGCGCUGGAUCGAGAAAUAAUCUGAUAUUAAUUCCAGGAUCGGGCAUUAACCUGAUGUUACUUCCAGGAUCUGAGGGAGAGAGUGAUGAUGUGGAAGAGGUCGAGGGUGAUGAAGACGGCGAUGACGUAGAAAGUGAGGAAUAA